AUGCGUUUUAUUCUUGGAUUGCUUCUUCUAUGCGUUUAUGUAAGGACGUUGCAAGAAGGGUUUACUUGUAUCAGAAUAGGCGAACCUCCUUAUGUAAAGGGUGAGCUUAAUGUUCAAUUGCUUUUGAAAGGUGAAUAUCAACGAAUUGACCUUCAAAAUACUUAUGUGCAAAACCGCAUGGAUUCUUCCUUCGAACUUGUAAUAAACGGCACUGAAUGGGCCAUGCACAUGAAUUUUACUAAAUAUCAUCAAGAUACAGCCUUUGUACUUCGAAAUCUGGAAAUCAGUCGUGGGAAUGAAAGUUAUUCAGCAGAUUCUUCACCGAAGUUUAUGACAUCUUUAUCGAAAAUAUUUGUGUGUUCAUCUCAUUUCGAAAUCCCAUUGGAUAAUGACGCCUCGCUUUCAAUGGCAAACAUUACAUUACAAGCCUUUAACACCCAACCUACAACUGACACUGAGAUUUGCCCCCGUGACAUGAAGGAUAAUUUUCCGGUGACCCAGUUGACGGGUGCUGCUCUGGGACUGGUGAUUGGUGGUGUGAUUGUGGCCUUGGCUGGCGUUGCUAUUCGAAAGCAUUUUUAUCCAGAGAACAAGCAUACCCCGAGACAUUUUUUCUCACAAAUAGCAAAGCUCGAACAAUCCAGAUCCUAUUUAGGCACAUCAAACAUUAUGUGGUGCGUCAACUCUGCAGGGAUGGUUGUGGAUACCUCUGGAAAGGCGCAAGAAAGAGAGGGUAGAGAGGCAAUAAACCAAUGCUUGAAACUGCUCCAGACCCCUGGCGAUAGCGCUAACUCCACAUACGAGCGAAUUUGGCAGUCGAUUCCAUCUUACCGCUAUCUGGGCUUGUGCCCUCACGACGCGUCUAUGAUAGGAAUGCUGUUGGAAAUGCAAGCACACCUCAGCUUCCUCUACGCCGGAAAAGAUGGGAAGUUGAACUGUCAGAUUGUUUCACUUGCACCACCUACGGCCACUUCAUCUGACUUCCCCGCCGUAACCCCAAGGAACGCAUCACGGCCACUUCAGAUUGAGAAGGUGAAGGAGAAGCUGGAGCGUAAUUACACCAGCCUAGUAAUAAUUUCGGAAGCUGGCAUGACUUUUUGUGGCAACAGAACUCGCAAGAUGGGCGUUUAUUUGGACACUGUGGAAGGCGGCGUCCCAUGGAUGCUGGAGCUUACAUGGAGUCGUAAGCCCGAGUACUAUGAGGACGGAGAGGUAGGGUGGAGUAGUGUCGGUGCCCAUCUUGGAGCACUUUCGGGUACCUUCAGUCUCACUAAAAUCCAACUUACGUACUGUCUCUCCUCGUUCUCCAAAUCCCAAUCAGCCAUCGGUAAAAAUGAACUCAUAGCAGUCAGCAAAAACAUGGAGAGGUUUCGUGCACGAGCGGGAGAUUUUUACCAAUGCGCUUCCAGCAGACACAUUCUCCUCACAUCAGUCCUGGCUGAUUCGAGAGAAGGGUUUCUGAAUUGGACCGGGAACCAAGGCAUCUACCUCAAUGACACAAACGUAAUCUACGUUGUCCUCACGACGCGCCAUAUAAAACUUCAGUCGUUUGGAGAUUUUAAUCAAGACAUGUUUACUGGAGCAGGUGUUACAUGCGGGGACGAUGUCCAUGAGGAUCACUCAGUGACGAUAGGAAUUGGCUCAUCUGUGUGUAUUAUUGUGGCAAUAUUUGUUGUUAUCACAGUUCUGACUCGCUUAUAUGAUCGCGACAAGGAACUACAGUCUUAUGAAGUUGAAUACUGCAAAUUGACCAACAAGGGUCUCUUACCUUCAGCUCCAGCCUCCAUUCGAAGGCAGGAAAUGAAAGUCCCCAACAGAAAUCACACAUCACCAGUCUAG